AUGGCCACCGUCAUUACCAUUCAGCCUUCAACAGCUAGCCCGGCUGCUUCGCCCUAUACCCAAAGCCACCAUUCCCCGGACCUUCGGCGCCGACCCCAAUCGAUCUCCACUCCCAACCUUUCCCCUUCGCCCAUUUCUGUCAAUUCUUCUCUACCCCGGGUCCGGGAUGGAGCCAGUUGUGACGCUUGUCUCCGUAGAAAGAGUCGUUGCGCUAUGAAUGAUAUGGUCAACAAAUGCUAUUCGUGCGACUUUCAUCGCCAGGAUUGCACUUUUACCUUAACGGCGGGGGACGGCCCCACCAAAAAGAGAAAGCUGUCCGAGUCGGCUCGGGACGAUUCUGCCAAACGACCUUCUACUGUUCAGUCCACAUCCACUGAGGAAGUUGCUCGCCCCGGCCAUUGUCACGCCAUGAUUCGUCCAGGCUUCUUUAACCAGUCAACCCAACAUAUUGGCAUGACCACAGAAUUGGAACCGGCACUAUUGGAAUUUUUGCCACUGGAUGAAUACGACGAGUUCUCAGUUUCAUCGUCUCGCAUUCGGAGAUGCGCAGACGACCGCACCUUCAUGCGUGUCGUCAAUACCGUUCCCGUUGGUGACUCGCAGGCCGUGUCACUAGAUGCCAUUGAGAGCCUGGUUGCUCCAUAUGGAUCUACAUUGAUCGAGAAGUUUUUCGAGCACGUGCACCCUUCUUUUCCGAUUUUGAUGGAGGAUGCAUUCCGUCAGUCAUAUCGUGAGCGUCGUCAGCUAUCACCAUUGCUAUUGGCAGCGGUGUAUGUAUUGACCUUGAAGUUUGUGGAUGUCGGUGCUACUUCGCAGAGACGACCGGAUUCUGCUCGGUUGGAGAGUGCAGCAUUGAAAUUGCUCCUCGACUCAUUGCCCUUUCCUAGUAUCUCGACGAUUCAGGCGGGUUUGUUGUUGACACAGAAGUCGACACUGGCCACUGCAUCGCUGAAUGGCCAGCUAGUGACCGCCGGAUUUGAGCUUGGUCUGCACCAAGACUGCACCAACUGGCGAAUGAAGACAUGGGAAAAGGGUCUGCGCAAACGACUUGCUUGGGCUCUAUACAUGCAAGACAAGUGGUCCGCACUUGUGCAUGGCCGCCCCUCACACAUCUUUGCCUUCAACUGGACUGUCAAGGAUCUUGUGGAGCAGGACUUCUCAGAUGCCUUCCUGUCCGGUACCCACUCCGCACACGACGAGGCCGCAGUCGGACAUGGACCCCUUCUCUUCUGCCACAUGGUAGCCCUGACGACCAUUUUAUCCGACAUCCUUGACCGAUUCUACACCCUACAAGCAGCAGAAGAUUUCCACGCCGCAGGAAACCAGCGCACACGAAUUAUCUUGGAAAAAGCCAAACCAGCCCAGAUUCGACUGAAGGAUUGGUUCUCUUCACUCCCAGCAGCACUGAAAAUGGAAACCGGCAGCGGCGAACUAGUCGAAACAAUCACAGACGAACACGCCCGAAACGGCGCCCUCCACCUCGCAUACUUCGCUACUGAAAUCACCCUCCACCGUUGCAUCGUCCGUUCCCUCGCCACAGACGGAACAGACUCCUACCUCGCACACAUCUGUCGCUCUGCAGCAAAGACCCGACUGAUCUCAGCCAUGGACUUCGUCAACCGUCUUCGCCCUGCACACUUGCGCUCUUUCUGGCCCGCAUCAGCACGCACGAACUUCUCUCUCAUCGGCUCUUUCGGUAUGUUACUACGUAUCACCGCGCCAACAACCGAGGAAUCGGAGUUCUACCGUGUCCGGCUAUGCGAGUACCGGUGGACAUUGAGUGUUAGCCACAAGAACGCCGAGUUCAUGGGCUUUGCGUUGGAAAGUCUGGAUAAUGCUACUGCUCUCGACAAGCAUGUUCCAGCAAAGCCGACUAUCGAUGAGCUUAUGGCUUCGAGUAAGCAGGCUACAUCGAGGAUGCCGCCUAUGCAUGCUGCCACAUACGAUGAGGCUAUGGGUGAUCCUGAUAAUAUCCCUGGUGGAACGGGUGCUUCCUCGUCAGUUAUCUCUGGCUUGGCUUCGCCUGCUACUUCUGUCAGUGAUAUGGAUGAGCACGAAACUUCUAUGAUGUGA